CGAGAAGAUCAUAUCAGGUGAGCCGUAGCGGGAUGUUGUGCGGCGAGUUCUCGAGCCGAGCAUCGCCCCUCAGCCUGAGUCUGCACCUGAGCCUGGCCGACACGCGCAGCCCCUACUUCACUCUGCUCGCCUUCUGCCAGGGCAUGGCCGCCUUCACCGCCGCCCCCGACGACGACGACAUCUUCCUCGAGAACGGGCUGCUGAGCUACCGGAACCCCAACUACCACCUGGACCCGGCACGGCUCGACGAUGCGCUCAACUCCAACACGGAGCAGCUGUACGAGGAACUGUUCAGCGAGCUGGACGCCGUGUGCAACCUGUCGGCGGCGCGCGCCGGCGGGGGCGGCGUCGGCAAGCAGCCGCAGCAGGCGGCGCCCACCGCCCCCGCUUCGGGGCCGGGCCGGCGCGCUUACGCCGCCCUCGACAUCGGCUCCAUGGGCGUCGACGUCAGCACCGGGCCCGUCACCGCGCUCGGCGACGCCGCCGACGACAACCUCAACAACGCCAGGGACGAAGAGAACACAGCGCUGGCCGGCGCGUUGGACAACAACUCAUUCAACGACAACGCCAACACUGUGAUGGGCCGGCGCUCUCUCGAUCUGACGGCGUCCCUGCGCGCCAAGCCAGACCUCAUCGAGACGGCGGAACGCCGCGACAGCAAUGGAGAAAAACCAGAAAUUCCUCAUGUUGCUGGAUCUUUAAACAAUGAUCUUUAUGCAGUCCCUGUGAAGAGGCGACCACAUAGCCUCGAGAAUGAUUUGCCACCCGGAUGGGAGAAACAUGAAGAUAAUGAUGGGCCAUAUUACUGGCAUAUUAAAAGUGGCACAAUCCAGAGAGAACCUCCAUCAGCUACAUCAGCCAUUAAAGCAGAAGCUAAGAGACCGCUCGUUCAGGAAUCUGAGAGUGCAAUUAGUAGUAGUUACCAGUCUCCUGUGAUUGCGUCUGUCACCAGGAGUAAUACAAGCUCUGCUUUGGAAGAAUUAGAUGGCAAGAAGAAGGAAGAACGUAAAGAAGAAUUAGCUCUGAAGAGACGUAGUUACCCUGCUCGGCCAGAACCAGAGUGCAAGGAGCGCCCCAUAAGAUUUGCUGUUAGGUCUCUUGGUUGGGUUGAAAUUGCAGAAGAAGAUCUCACACCAGAACGUAGCAGCAAGGCUGUUAACAAAUGCAUUGUUGACUUAUCACUAGGCAGGAAUGAUCUGCUUGAUGUAGUGGGAAGAUGGGGUGAUGGCAAAGACUUGUUCAUGGACUUAGACGAAGGAGCACUGAAGCUUAUUGAUCCUGAAAAUUUGACAGUUCUAAAUACUCAACCAAUUCAUACAAUUAGAGUGUGGGGAGUAGGACGAGACAAUGGAAGAGACUUUGCUUAUGUGGCUCGUGAUCGUACAACAAGGAAACACAUGUGCCAUGUGUUCCGUUGUGAUAUUCCUGCCAGGACGAUUGCCAAUACUCUUAGAGACAUCUGCAAGAAAAUAAUGAUUGAGCGAAGUCUACAGCAGAAUCUGGCAAAACCCAUUGAUAUUAGUGGUACUGGAGGAGGAGGACGAUCUGGUCUAGCAGCUCGUCCCACAAAUCUGCCAACAGAACACAGGCGAUUCCAUCACAGGAGUGGUCAAGCAUUAGUCACACAGUCCUUUCCAACUCCAAUGGAGGAACCCAAAAAGGUACUCAGAGCACAGUACCUCGGAUCAACACAAGUGACUAAGGCCACUGGUAUGGAUAUUCUCAAUGAUGCAAUUGAUCAGAUGGUGGCCACAGUCCCUCAUGACAAGUGGUGUACAGUCAAUGUUGCAGUUGCUCCAUCAAUGAUUUCCAUUAUGCUGCCAGGGGAGGAAAGUAAGCUAAUUGCCGAAUGCCGAGUUCGGUACCUUUCAUUCCUUGGGAUUGGACGGAAUGUAAAGCAGUGUGGUUUCAUCAUGCACACUGCACAGGAUCUCUUUAUGGCCCAUGUAUUCCAUUGUGAACCUUCAUCUGGAGCAUUAUGCAAGACUGUUGAGGCAGCCUGUAAGCUAAGGUAUCAAAAAUGCUUGGAUGCACAUCCACAAGGACUAGGUCGUGGCCAGCAAAAUGCUCAGACCCCAGGGAAAGGUCUGGGUGCUACACUGAAGUCUCUUGUUGGAAGCCUUACUGGCAGAAGGCUGCGUGGCAGUGAGUCCUGAGAUGAGGCCCUCUCACUGCAGGAGCUAUGGCCGCUGCCUGCCGAGCGUGAGGUCAUCAGGCACCGCCACCUGCAGUCACCCCUGACUUUUCGCUACUUCAGCAGCAGUCCGCCCUCAGCCAGCUUGCGUUCCCUCCUUUCACCUACACUCGACACCAGGAGGCUACCCCAUCGCUGGCACUAACACUUCAUUGUGUGUGUUUGUGUAUAUGGUAGAGGAAUAUCUACCUUCAAGAUUAAGGACAUGACAUUUUGAUUUGUAAUCAGCAAGUUUGAGACUUGAUAUUGUUUGUGAGAUCUGAAAGUGGAAUGUUUAAAACUUAAGCUCUCUUCAGAAAUAUCAUUGGUACUGAUUCUCUGACUUGCAGCUUAGAACUGUAAUUAUAUAUGUUUUGAAAAUAAAUUGUACUAUUUUUUAAAAGAAAGACGUGUCAAUGCAGUGAUGUGAACAUCUGCAUAAGAAGGAAACCCAUUUACAGAUUCAAUGAUGAAGGUUUAGGUCCCAAGAUCAGAAGAGACAGCUUUCCAUCCAGCUAAUUUCUUUUAGAGAUCUGAUUCAUUAAUGUGUGUAUAUAAGUUUACUAUAUUUGUUGUAAUCUUAUAUUCCAUCUUAAUAUGAAAGCAAAUUUUGUGUAUCCACUGAUAUGGUAAUCAUAGUACCAAAUUAGUUUGUAAGUGUGUAAAUAUUAUUUUAAAAAAAUUAAGGAAGUUUUAAAUUAGUUAUUGCUGUCUUGCACAGAGAAAGAAGCAGUCAACAUUUUCUUUCCAACCUGUAACAGAUCUUGGGCAGUUUUAUAUGAAAAAUAGAUUAAUUUGAGAUUACAAAGUAAAAUUAUGUAUUCAUCUGUAGAACAUGGUACAUAUUCUUGCCACUGAUUUUCACCUCUUUUCUAAAUUUUUCCUUAAAGAAUUGUAGCAACAUUUGUGUUCUGAUCUAUUUCUCCUUUAAAGUACAAUUUAAUUAGGAACAAAUUUAAGAAUUUUUUAGUCAUUCUUUAAUUUAAGUAAAGAUGUCAAGACAGCAACAUGCAUAAUAUUUUGAUUACAUGAAUUUAAAAUGUCUGAAGUGUGAUUGCAAAUGCUGACUGGAAAAGAAGAGUAUGUAUCUGCUUUUGUAAAGUUUGUAUGUACAUAUAUAAAUGUUACAUAAGAAUGCAGGAUGAGUAGAAUGGCCUGGUGUGUGACAUAGUUCUUUCUCAUGUAAAUAAUUACACAUAGAGGCUUUUCUUGGAGUAACAGGGAACAAACACGUUGCAAAAAUGUAGUAGUGUCUUCAUGUCACUGAGUGUGUUAAAAUGAACCUUUAACUUCUAAUGGCAUUGAAAAAUAUUUUGUGUGAUCAAAAGACAGAAAAGAUUAAGUAGCAGUUAAUUCGCAAGAAUAAUUUAAUUUUUUGUUUAAUAUUGCACCAGAAACCCCACAAUUUUUAUCAUUUUAAUUCCUUGAUCUGUAAUCAUUCAUCAUUUAUUUGAAUGAAUUUCAUUGACUAGUAUAUACAUUUUCAAUUAACAGUUUAAAAAAUGAUGUGUUAUGUGUUAAUUUCAAAAUUUAAUUUAGUUCAGAGAUGAUCUGCAGGAUACCUACAUCUAUUUUUACAUAAAGUAUUUAUUUUAUGCUAUGUGUAUUCAGGCAACCAUUGUAGUUAGAAGUAGAAAUUAUGCAGUGUUAUAAAAAAUACUAUAAUCUUGUUAUUAAUGUCACGUUAUACUUCCUCAUACUAUACAAAGUACAGCACAAAUUAAGAAAUUUAUUUCUCAAAAAACAAUAUAAGUUGACUAUAGACUGAAAUAAGUUGAUUAAUGAUUCUGUGCAUUCUAGUGGAGAAUACUGCACACAAACACACAUCUAGUACUUUCAGAAGUUUCAAAUCUCUGUAUUUCAUAACUGUUGAAAAGUGUUACUUAUCGAACAUCAAUUAAAAACAGCUUAAUAAAAAUCUUCGAGAAUAUUCACAUGAAUAGGAAUUUACGGCAUGUUGUUUUUUAAAAAAUAGAGCAUUCAUGAACUCCCAUUUAUUUUGCCAAAAAAUGUGAGUCUGUUAACUUGCACACUUGAAUGUGAGUUACAGUAGUAAUGAAUCUUUGGCAAGGUUAAAAGUACACUGUGGUGACUUCAUUUUGAUUGUUCUUAGUUUAAGUACAUCAAUGGUAGCUCUUUAUUCAUGCCCAGAGACCUGUUUAUAUUACCCAAAGACAAUAUGGUACACAAUGACACAUAUAAUAACUUCUACAAGAUGAUCAGUGUAUUAGAAAGAUCCAAUGAUAGGCUCAAAUUUCAGUUGUUCAGUACAUACUGCUCUGUAAUUGCUGCAUCUGGCAGUAUUGCUGAUUUUUAUUACUUUUCAAAAUUUUUAUGUAUAUAUCAGUGUAUGCAAAAUUUGCAUAAGCACAUAGGAAUGGCUGCCAUGCCUUGUCUGUGUUAUGUUUUGUACUUUCCAGGGCAGCAGGCUUGGCUGUUGUGUAAUAUAAUGAUGGAACUUUAUGAACGACUUCUAAAGUGUGACCACUACAUCAGACAUGGUUAAUAUUCUUUGUAAAAGACUUGCUAUACUCAUUGUCAUUUUCUCAUAGUAAAAAAUAUGUGUAUAAAACUGUUAUUUAUUUUACAUAAUGCUAUGACAACUAAAAAAUUAAUGUAUGUAUUGCAAUCAGAUUUAGAAAAUGUUUGUGUAUUGUGUGAUGUCAAUGCUUUCAUAGAAAGUGGUUUGCUAAAACUGCUGAAUUCUGCAGUCAGACAGAAUUUUGCACAUUCCAAGUCUUAGUCCAUUUAAUCCUAAUGAACAGAAAUGUCCUGCUCUGGCAUUUUGACAUGAUUAGCAUACUGGCUUCUGAACAAAAGUAAUAUUUGAUAAAAGGUUAAUUGUCACCUUACUUUUUUUUUACUGUGAAGCUGGUAAACUCUUGGGACUUUAUUAUUACAACACAAAAAAGUAGUUUCGUUAAAACAUCAGAACAUGCAUAAAGCAGCUUGAAGCAUCAUGUAAGCUUUCUAAUUAAUAUUCAUUUAAGGAAACAAACUGUUCCUCAUGUAAUAAGUGCAGAUAUAAACAAGACUGAGAUAAUUAAAGGUGGACACACCAAUCAAUAUAGAUGGAAAAUUGUUCCAUUUCUAUUGAGAAGGGCCUGUACCUAGCCUCAGUUUUGCAUUUAAUACAGUGUAUAGAUUUUGCAUUUCAUGACGCAAGCAAAAAAUAAGAUAUUUAUAAAGGCAUUUACUUUAAAACUUUAUAGAGAAAACAACAUUACUGCAUGCUUGUUUCAAAUACUGCCCUCACCAUAUUUAAGAGGUGUGGUUUGUAAACUAUUUUCCUUUAGAUUUAGUCAUCUUUGUAAAUUGUUUCAAGUUUUCAUUUCAUAUGAGUAACAAAUAGGUACAGUUUUUAAAAUUAUGAUACCGUCACAUUAUUAAUUUGGAAUGUUUAUUUGACAUUCAUGGGUAAAUGUUUCUUAUGUUUUGCGUCUGUGAAUUUGAGAGUACUGUAUUAUGUACAGUCUCAUAGGCGGUCAACCUGUAAGAAUAUUUUUCACAUGUUUUAUACUUGGUGCUCCAAUCCUUAAUUGUUUUAUUUUAUCAGAAUACACUGUAUUUUGGAAGAGAGUUUCUUGUUACGUUAGUUAUGUAAUUCAGUUAUCUUGAAAUCCCUUUUUGGAUUAUGAAAAAAGAAAUUUCAGUGACUCUUCCCUACUUGAAAAAAAAAAAAAUUACAGAUUCAUCCAUGUACUUCCCUACACAGUUGAAAGACAACCAGCAAUGAAUACUAGAUACUUGCGUUACAACACUACUUGUAGGAGAGUAGUUAACAGGAUAACAAACAACUUCAUAUAUGUUUAGGUAUGGGUGGUAACUAUUUUUCCUGCUGUAAUGUGAAGUAACAGAUGCACACAGGUACGGCUGUCUUGAAAUGAUUUGUUAAUAUGUGUAUUGAUAUAAUGAUUAGCAGUUUUGGAUUGGAACUUACUGCUGUCAUUCUGUUUUUUUCUUUUGAGGUAUCCAUUUAUUUUAGUGUCAUGUCACCAUUAUAAUUAAGAAAAUGUUGCUUCCCUAUUACCUGAACAUGGUUACCAACUUACUUCUUUUCAAAUGGUAGCAUAAAAUUGAAGCAUGCAGUACUGGAACUGUAAUGCCACAACCUCUUACCAAACUAUGCAAAUUCAACAAUUUAACAAUAUUAUGAAAAGGAUAGUUACUACUCACCAUACAGCAGAGAUGCUGAGUCACAGAUAUGUACAACAAAAAGACUGUCAAACAAAGCUUUUGGUGUGUGUGUUCUAUCUAUUUUGAUGAAGGUCUAUUCGGCUGAAAACAUUUGUUUGACAGUCAUUUUUUGUGCCUAUCUCUGCCUCAGCAUCUCUCCUAUAAGGUGAGUAGCAACUAUCUUUUUCAUAAUACUGUCAUUAUUCCAUUCUGGAUUUUACAUUGUUGCGUUUUGACAAUUUCAUGAAUAUAUGUUUUCCUUUUUGUGUAAAUUAUUAGAGGUUAUGUAUUCCAGUGUACACUUUUUCUGAGUAUUUGGAAAAGCAUUGUUAUUCCUGAUACACAACACUGAUUAAUUACAGUCACCAGGGGGAGAGAGGGGAGGAGGUGGAGGAGGGGGUGUAACCGGUACAAUUUGUAGCAAGAGAGAAAAUUUGUCUACUGUUGGACUUAAUUUCUGGUGAGAAAUCAAAUGUAAGAUUGUCAAGUCACAAACCCUAACUAUUAAGAAAAUGCAAAUAAAAUAAAGUCUGUUAAAUGUGCCACACCUACAGUUUGCAACAUCUUAAAAUCAGCACUGAUCUAUCUCUCCUGCAAUUUUAAUAGAUUUGAUGUAUCGUGUAAUGUGUGUGGCAACAGGAGAUAAUUUGUCUCAACAGACACUAAUCGUAAAUUUGUUUCUGUGAAACACAAACUCAGAUUUCAUCGGCUGCUUCAUAAAAGGACUCUGCUCAGAUAAACUGUAAAGCAUAUUUAAAUUUAGAAAAAUAACCUCAUGAAUGAAAUAUGAUUUAUUUAAACAGUAAAAUAGAUCACCAGGUAAUACUGCACACAUGCUCACAGUACAAUGAAUAACAACAAUGAUAAAAAUGUUUCAUGUUGUACAGUGUACAUGAUAAGACAUGAUAGGCACUUGCAGUAAUAUGGUGAUAAGGGAGACAAGACUUAAGAUGUAUGAGUCAUCAUAGAAACCAAAUAAUCUGCUGCUUAAACAUAUAUUUUCCAAAUAAAUUACUAUAAAAUGACCUAUAGGAAAUAUUAUUUUUUUUUUCUUCUACUGUCCUCAAAAAUGUGUACGGUAAAACAUUUUUGUUAAAUUAUAUUUUCUCUCAGACUCCGAGCCAUUAAAACAGCAUAUAAAUAUUAUAAGGGUAACUAUACCACAAACAUUCUUACAUAUGUUGAACAGAAAACAGUAUGCUAAUGUGAAGUAAUUAUCUUACUUUAGAUGUGUCAUAGACUGCAAAUAUGAAUGAGUUCAUCCUUUGCUUGCAGUAAUUGUGUCAGUCUGCAGAAUAUGAGUGUAAAAUAAAAUCUACAGUUGGUGUUAAUUUUAUGUUUUAGAAUCAUGAACAUCUUUAUUGCAUCUGUUAUAAUGGUGAAAAUGUACUUCACAUUUCAUCUAAUGAUAGCUUUGGGUAAAUGUUAUUCAAACCCACAUGUAAAUUGCUUGUCUGUUCACAAGUGAAAGAAAUGAUAUAAAAGUCAUUACAAUAAAAGGAAUAUCUUUACA